UAUCAUAACAAAUAUAGCAAUAGCGCAUAUUAUUCCUGCCUGCCUUUGUAUAUUGCAUUAAUUUCAAACACUACAUAAAAUAAACAAAAUUGAGUAAAGUACCACAUAUAAAUUAUUAAUUUAAUUAUUAGCAUUUUAAUGGGUUAAUAUUAUUAUGUAUGACACGAUUAUGUUUGAAUUUGUGCAUAAGUAAAUGCAAAUAACUUAAGUACACAAUAUAAUUUUAAUAUGUCUAUAUAUGUAUAUAUACUCAUACAUGAUAUACACAAUAUAUGUCCACAUAUAUUAUAAUGUUCUAAAUAUAAAUGAAAAGGGUUCAUGUUUAAUUUAAAAUUGAGAAUGGCAUAUAAUACAGGCUUAUUGUUUCACAAAUGCUUAUACAAACAUUCUACAAAUAAUGUUAAAUCUUUAUAUUUACAUAAAUGUAAUUUAAAGUUGGUACAGAACUUUUUCCACAGCAAGCCUGCUGUAAUUUUAGGAAUAGAAUCUAGCUGUGAUGACACAGCUUGUGGAAUUGUUGAUGCUAAUGGACAAAUUUUAGGUGAAGCAAUUAGAUCUCAACAUGUGACGCAUUUGAAUCAUGGAGGAAUAAUUCCAUCGGUUGCAAGAGUAUUACAUAAAAAUAGUAUUACAAAAACUUGUGAGAAUGCAUUAAGAGCUGCAAAUCUAAAGUUAAAAGAUAUUGAUGCAAUAGCUACAACUGUAAAACCUGGUCUUCCUAUGUCUCUUAGAGUUGGAACACAAUUUGGAAAAUAUUUAGCACAAAUUGGGAAGAAACCUCUUAUACCAAUACAUCACAUGGAAGCUCAUGCUUUAACAGCAAGAAUGAACAUAGAGAUUGAUUUCCCAUAUCUUGUUUUAUUAGUUUCUGGAGCCCAUUGUUUACUAGCAAUUGUUGAUAAUGUAAAUAAAUUUUAUUUACUUGGUACUUCUAUCAAUAAUGGACCUGGGGAGAUGUUUGAUAAGGUUGCACGAAGACUCAAAUUAAAAAAUAUUCCAGAAUUUAGUACUUUAAAUGGAGGCCUAGCUAUAGAAAUUGCAGCAAAUAAAGCAUCAAACAUUGAACAGUUCUUAUUUCCACCUGUAAUGACAAGAUAUCGUGAUUGUAAUUUUAGUUUUGGUGGAUUCUUAACUCUUUGUACAAAGUACAUUGAAUUAGAAGAAAAAAAACAUAACAUAGUGGGUGAUGCAGUGAUUCCUGAUGCAUAUAAUUUAUGCGCAGCACUUCAAUUAGCUGUAGUAACACAUAUUUGUCAUAGGACUCAACGAGCAAUGGAAUUUAUUAAUAAAAUGUCAUUAUUUCCUAAAAAUAAACAAACAUUGGUUAUAUCUGGAGGAGUAGCAUGUAAUAAUUUCCUAGCUAAAGCAUUGAAUAUUGUGAGUACUGAAUUAGGUUAUAGCCUUAUAAGAACUCCACCUAAAUUAUGCACUGAUAAUGGGACGAUGAUAGCAUGGAAUGGAAUAGAAAAAUGGAUUGCAGAUGUAGACAUCAUUAGAAAUCCAAAUGAAAUUGAAAAAAUCGAAAUAGAAAAGACAGCUCCACUUGGAGAAAAUUGGAUUAAAAAAAUAGAAGCAGCAGACUUAAAGUGUGAAUGGAUAAAAAUAAAGAAAAAACUUUUCUAAA